CGCAUCACUACUUGAUUGAAAUCGAACGAUUUUUAUUCUAAUUUCGAUUUCGAAUCCGCAUUUCCAGAUGCUUUCAUUCUUCAAGCGGAGGUCGUUGGAUAUGAAGAGGGAGUCUGGCACAUACCACGAGCUCAAUGAAGUCCGCAAGAUCUCGAUUCAAGGAGAGGUUCAAGCGCUCACGAUUGAUCAGCCCAUCGUCCAGAUCAACCACUUCGACUUUGAUAUCAUCCCCUUGCCCAACAGUCUCAUCGGAGAGCCCUGCAAAGUCCAGAAUUCUCUCUCGAAGAUCUCGCGGCGAAAGACGGUCCAGAUACCUUUGAAACCAGCCAAGAAAUUCGGAUUUGCGAGACCGCCUAGCCCGAAGAAAUGCGAGUCAGUGAUCCGUCAACUCAAGACCAUCUUGGCCAAUUCGAAUCCUCAACAACAGCAAGCUUCGAUCAAGCCUGCAAUUGAGCCAUCAGUGGGAGUGGGAAACCCGCGGAAGAAGAAGGUGGUGUCCAAGACGGAUUCCCGGAAGAUCUUGGGGCAUCUGAACGACCCCGCAUAUGCCACCACGAUCAUAUCGAUGCUCAAGGAAGAACCGCAUCCGGUCAGUGUGCUUGAUCACCCAGGCCAAAAUCCAGCCCGUCUUCCGCGCGGAGUAUGUCUUCGCGAAAGCCAGUCCGAAUUCGACUGUCCAUCAGCGGUAGGGGCAGAAGCCAUGGAGGUGUCGAAGACGCUGACAGUCCGAGUCCCCGGUCCCUCAGACGUCAUCAACUUGGUCACCGGCUUGGCCGCCGGAAAGAUCCUCGGCUCGCUCGCGCAGUCGGCCGGCUUCUACGACGUUCUGGCCAUCGGAAGCAAACACUUGGUCGAGAAUACUGAAGGCCAUCAGGAAUUAGUGGGCAUGGUUCCCAAAGAUCGGGUCAGCGUCUGGUGUUACUGGUGGGGCUUUGAGAUCGCGCUUCCGCUCGAAAGCGUGGACCGGCUCAAGACGGUCAAAUCGAUCGAGGCCGCGACAGUGCAGCUGUUGCUGGCGCUGACUGUUGCAGGAGGGGCCGUCGAGCUAGUGCCGUUCAUCCGGUUUAUCAGCGGCUAUUUGGACAUGGAAUGGGCAGCCAUCAGCGAGCAGAACAAAGGGAAAGGAGUGGUGGUUGCGGCUACAUGGGCGCUUCCGAUGGCUCUGGUCCCGCGUCCAUGGGACUUUGGUUCGCCCGCGACUGUUGCUCCCCUCGGUAUCAAGGCUCCCAUUCCUCCCCCAGCAGCCAACGUUCUGGCUAUAUCCAGCCAAUGAUCCAGGCCAUCAUAUGAUCAUCAUUCUUCACUGUUUUUUUUAUCGCGUCUUCUUGUCAAUCUCGGAUUUUUUCUUUUUUUCCCCACUAAUUCUCUUUUUCUUCACGUUAUUUUAUCAGCUUGUUUAAUUUAUUUGUUGUUCUCCGCCCAGUGCGAGUAUUAUGUAUGGUUGCGGGUUUUGAGAUAUGUUAAUGAGCAUUCUUC